AUGGAACUCGGCCGAGAACAUUUUCGCGCCAUAAUUUAUUACAACUUUCAGAGACAAUUAUCGCAACAAGAAUGCCUUGCUGAGUUACUGUCUGCUUUCGGCAACGAAGCUCCACAUCAGUCCACAAUUUCCCGUUGGUAUGGAGAAUUCAAACGUGGACGGGUGAGUCUUAGCGACGAACCCAGGGUGGGUGCACCAAAAACGGCAGUCACCCAGGAAUACGUCGAUGCUGUGCGCAAACUCAUCAUUGAAGAUAGACAUGUCACAUAUCGCGAGAUUGAGGCAAAAUUAGUUUCUCGUUGGAUACCCCUCCUGUUGAGUGAAGAGCAGAAAGCAGCCAGGGUUAAUUGGUGUCAAAAAACGCUUGACCAAAAUAAACGACAGUCGGCUGUUUGGGUGUUCCAAGUCAUCACCGAGCUUCAAAAAAUCCACCCCGAAAGAAGAAUCAUCCUCCACCAAGACAAUGCAAGCUCGCACACAGCCCAAAAAACAAGGCAGUAUUUAACGGAAGAAAACGUGGAAUUAUUGGACCAUCCUCCAUAUAGUCCCGAUCUAAAUCCUAACGAUUCCUUUACUUUCCCGAAAAUUAAAAACAGACUGCGUGGUCAAAGGUUCCAGUCACCAGAAGAAGCAGUUGACGAAUUCAAAGAUGCCGUUUUGGAUCUGCCAGCAAACGAGUGGGAUAAGUGCUUCGAAAAUUGGUUCCAAAAAGUGAAAUUUCCAGCAUCCAUUAUGGACUUCAUUUUAUUGAUGGAAAUGUGGAUACAAGCAAAUAUUUUGGCAAUUUUAGAAGAAUCGCUUUUACCAGUGAUGGAAGAAUGUUUGACAUCCGGCCAAGAUUUUGUGUUUCAGCAAGAUGGUGCAACGUGUUAUACCUCAAAAAAGGCUAUAAGAUGGAUGGAAGAAAAUAAUGUACCAUUUUUGAAAUGGGUUUCUAGCAGUCCAGAUCUGUCACCUAUUGAAACUUUGUGGCACGAGAUGAAAAAGGUUCUACGGCAGCAUCCUGCUCGAAACGCGUACUCACUGAUCGAAAAUUAUCUGUCAAAUCGCCCACAAUCUGUCCAGAUAUCAGGAUCACAUCUGCCAAAUUACACAAAUUCAUCCUUCAACAUUAAUGAUCAAAAAAUGCAAAUUAAUAGAGUGCCCAACAUAAAAUACCUUGGAGUGCUUUAUUUCUUACACAGUAUCACUCGCUACCAUACAUUUCUCAACCCCGACCAAAAAAUUAAACAUAAUUAUUACACAAGGUACAAAAUUCUGCAGCAGUCAUAUCUCUAUUUAGCGACAAAACUUUAUGAAAUUAUACCUAAAGACCUAAAAGAUUUAAAUUUCAAAAGAGACUUAGAAAAGUGGCUACAUUCCAUAUCUAGGACUGAAAUUCAUAAACUCAUAAAUACGAACAUCAAGUAA